AGUCUACUUGAUCUGUAUUCUGUGGCAGUAGCAAGUAGCAGUGUUCGGUGUUUUCUGAAGACUGAAAGUGCAGUUAAUAUAUAAUAAGUAUUUUGGUGAUUUGAACAAAUUUUCAAUUGUGUUUGUGGUUUUAUCGACCAGUGUGAUUUUGUUAGUGUUACAGAGCUAUUUCUUCAUAAGUUCUACAAAAUUUUGUCAAAAUAGCAACCAAAAAGAUAAACUCGUCUGAGCAACCCAACUACAACACAAUGUAUCAGCAAGGUGGAUAUCCGCAAGCCGGGUACCCGCAACCUGGUUAUCCUCAAGGAGGUAUCCCGGUCGGCGGCUAUCCUCCCCAAGGGGGUUAUCCUCCCCAAGGGGGCUACCCUCCCCAAGGGGGCUACCCUCCGCAACCAGGAUUCCAGGCAGGCUAUGGCGGUGCAGGAUAUGGAGAAGCUGGCUACGGGGGACCUGCGGGACUGGGUGAAGAUGCCGACGUGAAAGGCUUCGACUUCAACGAGCAGAGCAUCAGGAAGUCAUUUGUCCGGAAGGUGUACUCCAUUUUGAUGUGUCAGCUGCUCGUAACACUGUCCUUUAUCACUCUGUUCGUGUACCAUGCACCGACCAAACUAUGGGCACAGCAAAAUACAUGGGCUUUUUGGGUAGCGUUCGUGGUGAUGUUUGUAUGUCUGAUCGCGAUGUCGUGCUGCGGAGACCUCCGCCGUCAGUCGCCGACCAACUUCAUUUUCCUUGGUCUCUUCACCCUCGCGGAGAGCUUCUUGCUUGGCGUCACUAGCUCUGUUUAUAAGAGUGAUGCGGUAAUGAUGGCGGUGGGAAUAACGGCAGCUAUCUGUCUCGCUCUAACCCUCUUCGCGAUGCAGACCAAAUGGGACUUUACGGCCAUGGGUGGUAUACUUCUGUGUGCUACCGUGAUACUUUUGCUGUUUGGUUUAAUCGCGAUCUUCAUUCCUCGCAACUCAAUCGUGAUGCUCGUCUAUGCCUCCCUUGGAGCUCUGCUGUUCUCGGUUUAUCUGAUCUACGACACUCAGCUGAUGAUGGGCGGUAAACACAAGUACAGCAUUUCGCCGGAGGAAUAUGUGUUCGCGGCUCUUAAUCUAUAUUUGGACAUCAUAAACAUCUUCAUCUACAUCCUUACGAUCAUUGGCGUUGCUAAAGAUUAAAUUUUUGGCAUUUGUCUAUGGUAGCUUUGGCUUUUGACAUAGAGAAUGGAGUAAGCAUUGCCUUUUCUAUACUCUGUUGCAAGAGUACAACGAUUGACCUGUACUAUGAAAUACUCCCGCUUAUUCUCCAUAAAAAAAAUUCAGUCGUUUGCGUGUCGUUAUCGCUUAAUUCUAUGCUGGAGAAUUUAAUAGUUAUUGAGUAUCAAAUUAUCAUAUUUCUUGAAGUUUAGUUUAUUUCUCGUUCCGUUUCCGAGUUUCAUUUUGAACUAUCGGGACGUAAUACCUAUAUUUUUAUGAAUUUGUUUAGUUAACCCUAAAACCAGGUCGAUUAUGGCUCUUAGUUAUAACAGAUGUGACAAUAAAUUGUCUAAACACAGAAAUUUCGCAAAAAUAUUUUCGAAUAAAUUUCAUAAGCUACAGUAAGUACACUCUAUGUUUAAUUGGCAGCUGAUGAACUGAAGUUUGAAUUGAUAAUUUUUCAAUUCGUAUCACAAUCACCAAUAGUUCAACAUUCCACAAGUCAACCAUACCCACGGACAAUAAAAAUAUGUAAGGUUUUAUCUAUGGACUGAUGACGAAAUUAAAAUUCCACUCGAAUAGGUAGAGAUAUUGGAUUAAAAUCUCUCCUAUGGGCAUUGCAUUUAAGGCUUAUGUUUUCUACUUAGGGUAUUCUUCAUUACCUCAUCCCUCAAUAGUAAAGGCGAUUGUCGAACCCUUAGAAGAAAUAUAUGUUUGUUUAAUUAAGCCAUCAUUAUCAUCAUGAAAUUAAAUUGAGAUAUUCAGCCUGCAAGUAGGUCAGCAUCACAAUGUUUAUAAAUUUAACACUAAAAUACAUUUCUGAGUAGCGAAUUGCUUAUAAAUAAUCCUGACAUUACCAUGAAGGAUAACUUAAAAAAUAUUUCGAUAAUCGCCUUCAAGCUGUACAAAUAAAAAUAUUUUAUUUAUUAAUGAAUCGUUUUUACAAUCACAAUGUGGGAUGUAUUUUUAUUAUUGUAGUUAUAUUUAUUUCGCGAUUGUAAAACCGGUUCUAGAUGCUUUAUAGUUUGUACAAAACCCUUAUAUAAAGUAAUAGAUACAAAAUCGGGAUCGAAUGAAAGAGAUGGCACCAUUUGCCUGCCACCAAUUAUAAUGGUGGCAAAUAAUGUAAGAGACAAAAUAUCACCUAUUGUUGUAGUACUCUUGUUUGGUUUUUUUUUACGUGUAAAUGAGUGAUGAGUGACAUCAAUAUUCAUUCUACAAUUUUUAAAUAACUAUUAUUGUCACGUUCAUCUAUUAUCAAAACUAUGUCUAGGUCGGCGUAUACUUUGAUUGGAAGGCGUUGUUUUGAAUCUGUGGUACAAUUUGUUUUUAAUUUCAAUUAAAGUUCAAAAGUCAAGAGCGUCUAUUACAUUAACUAUAUAUUAUCUGUCUGCCAUAGUUAAUUUUCCGUCACUGGCAACAUCGUAUCGUCAUGUGUCAAAAUGUAUGUAUUUAGCUCGUUAUUGUAUCUAUAACUUUGGAAAAUAAUAAUCCUCAUACAUUCUAAAUGUUAUUUAUUAUGAAUCGUUACUUACGCCUAUUUUCGAAUAAUUUAGUUAAAUGGUUAUUGCACAUUGUCGUUAAAUGUGUUAUAAGAAUAAUAUAUAUGUAAAAAAUUGAUCUUUGUAACUUAUCUUCUGGUUUAAAAUUAAUGUUUGAGAUGUACCUAACAAAGUAUUUAAGAUUUUUAUGUUCCUAAAAUUUAGAGUAAAAAUGUUUAAGCCUAAAUUUUAGGUACUAUAAAGUUUACUAAUAAGUUAAUGAAAUCGAAUCUGUCGGACCUAAGUGUCUGUUCUCCUCCGUCUGUAAAGUAAAGAGCGAGACAAAAAUGGUGCGACGGAGUUGGUGUCAUAAGAAUGCAUCACGAAAUAUAUUAAUAAAUAUAUA